ACUAGGGGUUGGGUCCAGCGGCAAUGGGCCAGUUCUCUCCGUGAAGUGAAUCCUUGCUGGUAAUGAAAUCCGUUUCAAGGUCUCCUUGUCCGGAAGGGGCAUGAGAAUACGCUGGCAAAACAUAAAAAAAAACGAACGAAUAUUCAGCACCACCAGCAGCAGCAGCAGCAGCACGCCACCUCCCACCCCCACCAAUCAAAUAAUCGUCUCCUGCUUCUCCCCAAGAUUCCCCUAUAAACAAAACCUAAGGAAACACCCAUAACCAUAACCCUUCCUUCCCCUCCUCCUGUUUGUUUGUUUCCCAGGAAAAACCAAUCAUCAAUCAAUUGGUUGAUUUAUUAAUUAGAUUGAAAAGGGAAGAAGAAAUGGUGUCACCUGGAAACGCGGCUUUGCUGCUCGACUACGAUCAAUACAUAAAUAUGGAUGCUAUAAAUAUUCCAGCUCAAGAUCCCAAUUUCUCUGCUUUCUCUUGGCCACCCCUUGUUCAACCCCAUCAUCACCAUCAACAUCAACAACAACAACAACAACAACAACAACAACAAAAACAACAACAAACCCUAAACGCUUUUGCUCAUACAGCCACCGUCUCUUGUCCUAAUUUCGGUGCGGAAAUUGAUGGAUCAUUCGGGGAAUGUGAUGUGCAGAAGGAACCAUGUUCCAAGAAGAGGGGUAGAUCUGAAUCAUGUAGUGCAUCUAGCUCCAAAGCAUGUAGGGAAAAGCUGCGAAGGGAUAGGCUGAAUGACAAGUUUAUAGAAUUGGGCUCUAUCUUGGAGCCUGGAAGAACUCCCAAAACAGAUAAGGCUGCUAUUUUGGUUGAUGCUGUCCGCAUGGUGACUCAGUUACGAGGUGAAGCCCAGAAGUUGAGGGACUCAAAUUCAAGUCUUCAAGAGAAGAUCAAAGAGUUAAAGGCUGAGAAGAUUGAGCUUCGUGAUGAGAAGCAGAGGCUGAAGGCAGAAAAGGAGAAGCUGGAGCAUCAGCUGAAAGCUAUGAGCUCACAACCCAGCUUCAUGCCUGCCCCUCCUGCAAUCCCUGCUGCAUUUGCUACUCAAGGCCAAGCACCUGGCAAAUUAAUGCCGUUCAUUGGUUAUCCAGGAGUUGCAAUGUGGCAGUUCUUGCCACCAGCUGCAGUGGAUACAUCGCAAGAUCAUGUGCUCCACCCACCAGUUGCGUAAAUUGGCGACGUGCUAUGAAUUGGGUUUGUAUUUUGUACCAAAACAAGUGCAUUUAUUUUGUCAUUUCUUCGUCUGUAUUAGUUUUUGCUGAAGUUCUCACUGGAUUUGGUGGUUGACUGAUUGUAUUUCAAUCUGGACGUUCUAUUAAUUGUCGCUGGUGUUUACAUGUAAAUUAAAUAAGUUUAGUCUGGCAACCUAUUUUUAGGUUUGGCUUACUUGUAGGGGGUUCUUUAGCUGUUGUUUCCUUGAGUUUGUAAACCAGGGAUUGCAAUGUAAUCUUAGGCUUUAGAAAUCCACUGGUUUCUUCUAGGUCACCUGUUACUGGUAAAGUCUGUGGGUCACCUUAACCUCAGCUGGACUCGGGGCCCUCCGAACUAGGGGAUCGCUUUCUUUUAAUAAAUAAAAAUUUCACUUUGGCUAA